AAUAGCGGGGGCCACCAUGAUUAACGAAGAGUUCACCAAAGUCGUCGAAACAGAUGAAAGCAGUCCGUGAAACAAGUAACAUUAUUUACCCACAAGAAAAGUAUUUAGGGAAAAAUUGCCUUCACGAGAUAUUGGACAAUUGAUGAAACAAGUUUUUAAAGAAGGUUCAAGAAGUGUUCACGUUUGACUCUGAACGCCGGAAGUGGCUUUGUUGGCCAGCAAUUUACCAGCAGCUAGCUAUGUAGCUUUUUGUCAAGACUAUUGUCCCUAUUGCCUUAUUGGCAUAACCAUAGUCAUAUUUGUCUGCUGGAAUGGAUAUUUUCAGAGACGAAGAAGCGCACGAGUUGAAGUACAAACGCGGUGGACGUUUGGACAUGAGCCACGGCUUCCUGCAUCAUAUCCGCAGGAACCAGAUUGCCAGAGAUGACUACGACAAAGAGGUGAAGUUAGCCAAAGAAUCUCAGCGACGGAGGCACACCACAACUCCUCAACGACCCAGGAGACCUGACAUUCAGGUUUACCAUCCCCGACAAAGACAUGAAUCCGAACCUCAGGCAGGCGUGGAAACCGAAGAGUGGAACGAGAGUGGUUCAAGCACUGAGACGGAGAUGCAGGGAACUGAACUCUUCUGGCUCGACUAUCAGGCGGACUCUGGGGCUGUUACGUCUUUCCUUGUGCACAAGGAUGAUACACCAGCAAGGGUUGUGGAACGUGUUGCAGAAAAGAACGUCCUGGAUUUAGCCAUGAGGGCAGUUCUGGAGGCACGCAUUCGAAAGGAGAUGGACAAAAGGAGAGAUAAACGCUGAGGGAAAACAAAUGUGAAGUUUUAGUGUGAAGAAAGAGGCACGCUUGGCAAAGACCUGCCAAGAACAUCCUGAUUAACAGAAGGGGCACAGACAGAGCUGGCGAGAAGGAGGAACUGGAUGAUUGUGUUGUGUAGGAGAGUACGUACACGUACUGUAUACGAUCAAAACUUCUGUUGUGUUUUAAAACGAGAGCCGGCUAAAAUCAGAAAUAGCCGUAAAGGGCAGUUGCACUGUCACCUCAAUUCUUUCACCAUGUACUGUUUCCUCCCCUGAUAUACAGUCAUAGUGCAUAUUUAUUUUUUUGGGGGGGGAAAUGGAUCUAUUUGACAGAAAAGAUAUAUCCUCUUUUGUUUUGAACAUUUAAUUUUCAUACAGUGCUGUGAGUAAAUGAGUAAGUGUUGCUUUGGGCUUUAUUUAUUUUGUUUCACUACUUGUAGCAUUUUAAUUUAUUGUAUAGUACUUAGUUGACUUUUUUUUUUUUUUUUUUACUCAUUUUUGUUUUAGCUUCAGCUUAGCUUUAGGUUUGUUUGUUUUUUUGCGGUAAAUGUGUUUGAUGCCAUUUUGGAGCACAUAGCCAUACAAUGUGAAUUUGUUCUACGUGUCACACAAACAAUAAAGAUA